CUGCAGAGAUAUCAGACCAGCUGGAUUCAACUCUUGAAUAUUCACAGUAUUUUUGGCAAAUUUACACGUUUCCAAAAAAAAAAUGUCCUUUGAGAUGAGAAACGUAGAUUAUCCUGUAGCCUCUGAGCAAAAUUCAGAGAGCAGUGGCACCACCACCCAAAAAAAGAGGAAGGCCAGCACAGGACCAGAGUCCCCCAGAAAAAGGCAGAGGUGUGCCCGUGGACCCGCUCAGCUGGCAUCCGAGGCUGCGCCAGCAAAGCGUGGCAAAAGGAAGGCCAGCACCGAAAGGGGGACACCUGAAAAGAAGCUAAAGUGUGAACCCAGCCACACAAACUCCAGUGAAGCCAUCAGGGGGGCUAACUGGACGGAGCAGGACAACACUGAGAAGCUGCUGGCCUCAGAGACUCCCGGGUCAACAAACAGGGAGCGUGCCUGUGACCCUUCCCCAGACUGCAGCACUCCAUCAGCCUCCAUACCAGACAGUGGGAGCGCAUUCCUCCCAUUCACACAAGACAGAGCUCGAUUUGAGGCGACAUACAAGGAGCUUCACAAGCUCGGAGAAGGAGGCUUCGGCUCAGUUUAUGCUGGGUUGAUGAUGGACAGCUUCCCAGUGGCGAUCAAACACAUCGCAAAGGAAGAUGUGGAAUAUGAAGAAAUGGUCUUUAAUGGGAAGACAUACAAGAUCCCACUGGAGGUUCUCCUAAUGCAGAAAGUGGGCGGUGAACCCCUGUCAGUAGGCACUUCUCCAGCUAUCUCAAUGCUAGAUUACUUUGAGCUAGAGGAGGAGGUCCUUCUGGUCAUGGAGAGACCAGUGCCAUGUGAGAGCCUGUAUAGCUAUCUAGAGAACAAUGGUGGACCCCUGGACGUGCAUGUUGCUAAGAACAUCAUGAAGCAGCUGGUUGACGCAGCCAUAAUGAUGCACAACAAAGGGGUCUUCCACCGGGAUCUCAAGACAGAAAACCUGCUCCUGGAAACCGGCUCCAGUGACCUGCGAGUGCGGAUCAUAGACUUUGGUUGUGGCUGCUGGGUACAGGAAGAGCCACAAUGCGUCUUCUCUGGUAUGACAUCUGGCUUGUGCUCUUCAUUCAGCCAUUGCUCUGAUGAUUUUGAUUUCAGUCUGAACCUGUUCCUCAUCCUUCCUUUCUGUCUGUGCAUUGCAGGAACCUCAGCGUACGCCCCUCCAGAGUUUUUCACACGAGGGACGUAUGAGGCUAUCCCCACCACAGUCUGGCAGCUGGGCGCGCUGCUGUACGAAAUGCUGUAUGGAGUGCAUCAAUUUCGUACCACUAGAUUCGUCCGCAAGAAAAGACCUUUUAACAAAGUCCUACACAAAGACUGCCGGAACUUUUUGAAGCAGUGUUUAACUCGAAGCCCACAACAUCGGGCCACCUUGGAGCAGAUUCAGCAGCACCCCUGGCUGCAGGAUCAAACUCAAGUCACACCUUAAACACUUGCUAAGAUGCCUGGACUUUGA